CUCAUUCAUCUGUCAUGUCACGAUCAUGUUCCACCUUGUCAAUUAUUUAGGAAUUUUAAGAUUUGUUGUGGUGGGGAAAAGUGUGUAAUUAUUCGGGUCGAGAGCAAGUUGGCUGUAAUUAAUUAUGCAGAUUAUCAGACCCAUUGUCUACGAGUACUACGUAAAAAGUUACCUCACGUUCCCACGUAUUCCAAAGAAAGUGUACUUUCUGUAAAAGAUUUCCAGUUUCAUUACUCCCGUUGUAAACUAUAGCAGUUCGUGUGUGAUCAAUGUUUAUUACAUUGUCCGAUCUUAAUUCGCGUAUCGUGAUCGAUUUAAAUAAUUAGAAAGUGUUGGUGUCUGUGUUUACUCGAAUGGCAGGUUUCCAUGCAAACGACACGAUGCCUAAAAUUGGGCUCGUCACGGACUUGCGAGAACAGUGGCUGGUGCGCGCCGACGGAGCUCUGGCGCACCGCUUGCAGGAUCGUGAGAUCUCUUCUCAUCUCUGCGAGAAUAGGUACCGCAAUCAGCAAAUACGUGAAGAUUUUCCGGUAGCUUUGAGUGAACAGCGGGGGAUUGAGCACGAAGUUCGUUUGAAAGAACUCGCUCGUCGUCGCCAAGCGGAUAUAGAUGCGGAGAUUGCCCGCGAAAUGGCCGAAAUUAAUCUUCGUAGACAGCGACGUCAGCACAAUGAUAUAAUGCAACAACCGAGUUCGUCCCGCGCCCCUCCUCCGGCACCGCCGCCCGAAAUCGACCCUGAAGAACUAGGCCUCUCUUCCUCAGAGUUGGAAGAGAUGAGACGGCGUCUAGAACAAGAGGAAAAAGAUGCGAGACUAGCUCGAGAACUGAGUCAUGAAACAUGCGACGAGGAUGUCCUGCUAGCCGACAUGAGGUGUGCAGUUGAAGCACAGGAUAGUGAGCUAGCGCGGCUAUUGCAGGAACGGGAGUACAAAAAGUUACAGAGAGCAAAAGAAAAAGCAAAACAAAAAGCUUUAUUGAAGAAACAACAAAGACUAGCACAGCAACAGGAACCUUCACUGGAAACACCCCAAGCCACACUCUGUGAUGCCUACAGUAAUCCUCGUGAUGUGAUUCAAGAAAAUAGACUCAGAUUAUGCAAGUCAGUUGACUCUGAUUUAAAUUAUGUAGAGCCCUUUGAAAAAGAGGUCAUACAGUCAAAGGCGAGUGCUUUGCUGUCCAAAGAAUUAUCAACUCAGUAUUAUAAACAGGACUCGGGAUCCAGUUUUAAUGCUACCUCAUCUCAUGUCCAUCCUCCACCCUUAGCUGACAAGUCUGUAAGCAGUACAGCCUCAUCUAUCCAACACAGACAACCACCUCCUCCACCUGCAGCUGGUAAAAAACCCAGGUUUCCAGAUCCCAUCAGCAUACGGCCUGCGUCACAUUACCCUACAGAUAAUGUAUUAUCUGGUACCGAUGUUGAGCAUAAUGCUUUACCAAAAAGCCAAAGUGAAAACAGUCAUUUUUAUGACACAACAUUUACAAGCCACAAUGACAGUGUUCAACCACUCGGAUAUGAGAGAGGUGACUCUGUUAAACGUCUCUCUGUCAUCUCUGAUAUUACCGCAGAAGGAUUAGAAAAGAAGAAAAGAAAACAGGCCAAGAAAAGCAAGGGAUGUAGAAUACAAUAAUUUGGGCAUAGAGUAACAGCAAUUUCUGUUUUAAACAAAGACACAAUUAAUUUUGCUUAACAUUGUCACAAAUGUUUUCGAAUUGAUAUUAAUCUGAAACUUAAAAGUAUUUUAUAUAUGUCACAUUAAUUUAGGAAAUAUUUAUUAUCUAUUUAAUCUGUGGAAGUACCUGCAGGAAAAGAACCAAUGAGCCAUUUUUAUUUUUAAAUUGAAGGUCUCUAUGUGCCUUAAUCUAGAUUUAAGCUAUUUUAAAAACAUUCCAUUUUGUGAUUAUAUCUAGAAUGUCCAUUUUUUAAAUAUUAAAUUAUAUUUUAGAUUGAUUCUCAUAACAGUAAAAUUUUAUACAUAUACCAAUGGUCAAUAGAGGCCAAUAAUAUUGGUUACUACGAAAAACACAGAAAUGCUAAGUAUUUACAUUAUAUAUAUAUUAUAUACUGUAAAAUAGAUUUUAUUAAUUUUAUAUUUCUAUUGAAAAUUCUUCAACAAUAUAGAAGUUAUGCAGCACUUAGCAAGGUCUAAGUUAUCUAACUUUGACUAGCAGUAAUUACAGGUA